AUGGGCAAAUCAUUUGUCAAAGCCAAAAUGAUGUCGGCACACACUUUUAAAGUAACAACACAAAGGACAGAAUCCACAUACUUAAAUACAUCAGACUAUCACUCCAACCCUGAGGCUGUGGUCCCACAUCAGAAACACACAUAUCAAUAUCGAUCUCUGCUAUACCCGGUCUCACACAAUCCUCCUUUCAAACCAGGCAAAUCUGGUGCUACUUCUAAAGGGUAUCAAACUACCCCUUACUUAGCUCUACCCUCGCUUGUAGAUGGUAAAGGGAUUAAAACACUAGACACUUUACUCCCAGAUAGGACCCACACACACACCCCUACAAAAAUUCCAAUGCAAUCAACUCACCCACUUUCUGCAACCGGGACACUAUACACAAAAAGGCAACCAUGCCAUCACAGUUCGAAACCACAUGCUCCACGCACGCCCUUAAAACAAAAACAGGUCUCUACCCUGUAUCCUAUAUUUCAAAACACAACCACAGCAAUUCACAAGGAUGAGAUUAGGCUGGGAAACUGAUCUGAAGUGGACACUGUCAGACGGUGACUGAUCCUCAAAUUGAUUCACAAAUCUUCAAUUAACCUUGCCACGCAAGAAGGAAAUUAUAAGAGGAUAGUACGUUGUCUCUACACGCCAUCCAAACUUUAAAAACUUCCCAAACUCCCAAGGCCAAUACUGGAGAUGCCAC